UCAGAUAACGCUUCCGCCAGGCAUCGACCAGACCAGCCACUAGGUGCCAUAGAGAAGGAAUAAAGAGCAUUCAGCAGCGCUAACGUCCUUCGUGACUCGUUCAAACACCGAUAUCUGCCGCAAUUGUUGACCUUCCCUCGCUGCCGACAAGAUGUGGUGGAAAUACAUCGUGGAAAUCACCAACGAGUACAAGAUCCUGCGGGGCAUGAUUUCGUACUCGGCGCUCUGGCCCCUCGGUUGCCUGAUCCAGCAGACGGUAAUCGAAGGCAAGCGGCUGCACAACUACGACUGGUCGCGCUGUCUGAGGUACAGCCUUUACGGAACUUUCGUUUCCGCCCCGAUGCUGUACACGUGGAUGCGUUGUGCAAACAUUAUGUGGCCCCGAACAGACUUCCGGUCCUCGCUAGCCAAGGCGUUCACCGAGCAAGGCGCGUACGACCCGUUCGCCAUCGUGUUCUUUUUCUACGGAAUGAGCUUACUGGAGCGAAAGCCGCAGCAGGCGGCCCGCGACGAGGUGGUGGCCAAAUUCUGGGACACCUACAAGGUCGGAUUUUUCUACUGGCCCGUCGCCCAGACGUUCAACUUUUCGGUCAUCAAGCCCAAGAACCAGAUCGUCGUGGCUGGCUUUUUCAGUCUAAUCUGGACAACGUUUCUGGCGUUUGUCAAGACGAAGGAUAAGCCUCAAGCAGUAGCGGUGCAAUGAGCGGCACAAGCUUUUUUGGUAGUGUAGUGUGAACGUGUCGGGAACACGUUAAUUUAGCCGAAACCGAAACCGAAUUCCGUCCUUGUUCGAAAGUUGUUCGCGGACGAAGUAGCAAAAAAACGAAUUGUGUUAAUAAACCAUUAACGUAGGGACUACCAUCCCACCG